AUGGUCGUGGGAUCUGUGCUCGUGACCGGCGGCACGGGCUACAUCGGCUCCUUCACCGCCCUCGCCCUUCUCGAAGCCGAUUACAAGGUGGUGAUCGUCGAUAAUCUCUACAAUUCCUCCCCGGAAGUCAUCAAUCGCAUCGAGCUCAUCUGCGGGAAGAAGCCAGAUUAUGUACAAUGCGAUAUCACAGAUGGAAAGAAGCUGGAUGAGGUGUUUGACAAGCACUCGGAUAUUGACAGCGUCAUCCAUUUCGCUGCUCUGAAGGCUGUCGGAGAGUCAGGAGAAAUCCCACUCGACUACUACCAUGUCAACGUGUACGGCACACUAUGCCUCCUCAAAUCCAUGAAGAAGCACAACGUCACCAACAUCGUCUUCUCCUCCUCCGCGACCGUCUACGGCGAUGCGACCCGCUUCCCCAACAUGAUCCCAAUCCCAGAGGAAUGUCCUCUCGGCCCCACCAACCCUUACGGUAACACCAAGUUUGUUGUCGAGACCAUGAUCACAGACCAUAUCAAUGCGGAAAGGGCGAACGCGAACAAGGCAAGCAAGGAUGGCAAGGAGUUCAAUGCUGCAUUACUACGCUACUUUAACCCUGCUGGUAGCCAUCCAAGCGGUGUCAUGGGUGAGGAUCCGCAGGGUGUGCCAUACAACCUCCUACCCUUACUAGCACAAGUCGCUGUAGGCAAGCGCGACAAGCUAAAGGUCUUUGGCGAUGACUACGACUCCAAAGACGGCACCGCCAUCCGCGACUACAUCCACAUCCUCGACCUCUCCCGCGGCCACGAACAAGCCCUCACCUACCUCCGCACCAAGAACCCCGGCGUGCGCGCCUGGAACCUCGGAACAGGCAAAGGCAGCACCGUCUACGACAUGAUCCACGCCUUCUCCGCCGCCGUCGGCCGCGCUUUACCGUACGAGGUCGCGCCGCGAAGGGCCGGGGACGUGCUGAAUUUGACCGCGAAUCCGUCGCGGGCGAAUAAGGAGUUGGGGUGGAAGGCGGAGCAUACGUUGGAGGAGCAGUGUGCGACUCUUUGGCGGUGGACGGAGAAUAAUCCGCAGGGGUAUCGGCAGGAGCCGCCCAAGGAGUUUGUGGAGGCUUUGAGGAAGAAGUGA